AUGACGAUGGACGAAGUCCCUCCUCUUCAAUCGAUUACCACCAUCAACGAUCGCGGCUGCACCGAGGACCUGUUCUCCAAGAUGCUGCCCAUCGAGAUGCAGCUACAGGUCCUCAGCCGCGUCCCCGUGGAGGACCUCGUGCGGCAUGUGUGUAUCGUCAAUCGGCAGUGGCGAACGCUGACUGCCACGGACGCCUUCUGGCGCGACGUCGCCUCUCAAAUCUUCGGUGGCCAGGACCCCUGGUCGUCCCUCCUCGCCGAACAUGGAACAAUUUGUUCCUCUCAUCAACUGAACAUGUUCGCCCCUGCUGACGUGGACGACACGACGAAGAUGGAGGGAACGGAAGGAGCCAUCGAUGAAGAGGAUGAUGACCAGACCGGCCAGAUGGGGCUGGUGCCGAACGGGAAGAUGAAGGAGGUCGUGCUCUACCGACUACGCGAGCUGCGAGUGUUCUGGCCCUUCAAGUCGGCGCGCAAUCUCUACUACUGCGCCGAGCGCGGCUUCGUGCACAUGGUGGAGUCCAUCCUGCGCGAUCCCUCGAAGGUCUUCCAGUUCAAGAAGGAACACAUCGGCAUGGCGAUCGAGCUGGCCACCGCCAAGGGCCUGCGCGAGGUCGUCGACGUGCUCCAGCCCGUCAUGCGCUCCCACACCGUCGCCGAAGCCAGAUGA